CAGCGCGGAGGGACGGACUUCUUCAAGCUCAUCAUCCCCUCGUUGCUAAUCGAAUUGCUGAUUCCGAUUCUGUCUUCUAUCCCCCGUAGAGCUUCAUCGUUUCCAGUAGGAGGAGGACGAGGAGGAGGAGGUUUCAGGGGUUUGCGAGACACUCUCGUGUGGGGUGUUUUCUCGGCUGAGCCGUGUUUGCAUUUAGCGGUUUCGUUUUUGAUGCGGUUUUGAGUUAGUAGGGUUUAGGGACCCUGCUUUUGGAGGAAGGGGAUUCUUACGUUUUGGUUGUUGUGCCGUUGGAACUAGGAGAGGUUUAGCUUGUUGGAUUGUUGAGUUUAGUGAUUUUAGGUUGUGCAUUGAGAGAGUUGAAUUGAAAUGGCGUCGAUGGCGCAUUCCUUGACUCUUCCGUCUGCGGGGGCGGAGCUUACCAUUGGCCAGCUCAAGUGCGGUGCGAAGAGUAGGAGAAGAGCGGCUGCAAGAGCCGCAGUGGGUAGGCUGAAUGUGCAAGCGAAGUCUGCUAGUUUGUCAUUGACUCCGUUUCAGUCAUUUUCGGGGAUGCGAAAGGCCUCGGUGAUUGAUUCCCUGACCGUGAAACAAGGGAGGGAUUUUAAAUCUGUUGUGUCGAACUCCGUUGCAAUUUGUAACGAAUCGCGGCCUUCGAAGGCUGUGACUACGGCCAUGUUCGAGCGUUUCACUGAGAAAGCUAUUAAGGUUAUCAUGUUGGCUCAGGAGGAAGCAAGGCGUCUCGGGCACAAUUUCGUUGGUACUGAACAAAUUUUGCUUGGCCUUAUUGGUGAGGGUACUGGUAUUGCUGCGAAAGUGAUGAAGUCCAUGGGAGUGAACCUUAAGGAAGCUCGCGUGGAAGUAGAGAAGAUUAUUGGGCGCGGGAGCGGGUUCGUGGCUGUUGAGAUUCCCUUCACGCCCAGGGCCAAGAGAGUUCUCGAGCUCUCACUCGAAGAAGCUAGACAGCUUGGUCACAACUAUAUUGGCACAGAGCAUUUGCUGCUGGGGCUGCUACGAGAGGGAGAGGGUGUUGCUGCCCGAGUGCUUGAGAACCUUGGCGCUGACCCCAGCAACAUUCGAACUCAGGUGAUUCGAAUGGUAGGCGAAAAUACCGAGGCUGUUGGUGUCGGAGCUGGCAGCGGCAGCAGUGGUAACAAGAUGCCCACUCUGGAGGAAUACGGAACGAAUUUAACCAAACUCGCGGAAGAGGGAAAGCUAGACCCAGUUGUUGGAAGAGUUGCACAGAUAGAGCGAGUGACUCAAAUCCUUGGUCGCAGAACCAAAAACAACCCGUGCCUAAUUGGAGAGCCUGGAGUUGGAAAAACUGCUGUUGCCGAAGGUUUGGCGCAGAGAAUUGCGUCUGGGGACGUACCGGAGACCAUUGAAGGAAAGAAGGUUAUCACCCUCGACAUGGGGCUGCUGGUUGCCGGAACCAAGUACAGAGGAGAAUUUGAGGAAAGACUGAAGAAACUGAUGGAAGAAAUUAAACAAGCGGACGAUAUCAUCCUUGUUAUUGAUGAAGUGCACACCCUCAUUGGUGCUGGUGCCGCCGAGGGUGCUAUUGACGCUGCCAACAUCUUGAAGCCAGCUUUAGCUCGCGGUGAAUUACAGUGCAUCGGAGCAACCACACUUGACGAGUACAGGAAGCACAUUGAGAAGGAUCCUGCAUUGGAACGUCGGUUCCAACCUGUGUUAGUUCCAGAGCCUACUGUAGAGGAAACUAUUGAAAUUCUCAGAGGAUUGAGAGAAAGAUACGAGAUCCACCAUAAAUUGCGUUACACUGACGAGGCUUUGAUUGCAGCAGCCCAGCUAUCUUACCAGUACAUCAGUGAUCGGUUUUUGCCUGACAAGGCUAUUGAUUUGAUUGAUGAGGCGGGUUCGAAAGUAAGGCUGAAACACGCUCAGCUACCCGAAGAGGCGAAGGAGCUUGACAAGGAGUUGCGUGCCGUUACGAAGGAGAAGAAUGAAGCUGUGCGUGGGCAGGAUUUUGAGAAGGCCGGAGAACUAAGGGAUCGCGAGAUGGAGCUGAAGGCUCAAAUAUCGGCCUUCAUUGAGAAGGACAAAGAGCAGAUGAAGGCAGAGAGUGAAACCGGUGAUGUUGGUCCUACUGUCGAAGAAUCUGACAUUCAGCAGAUUGUGUCUGCCUGGACAGGCAUUCCCGUUGAGAAGGUCUCAAGUGAUGAAUCUGACCGCUUGUUGAAGAUGGAGGAUACACUUCAUAAUCGGGUUAUUGGCCAGGAUGAAGCAGUGAAGGCCAUCAGUCGUGCUAUUCGCAGAGCUCGUGUUGGACUUAAGAACCCCAAUCGUCCCAUCGCUAGUUUCAUCUUUUCUGGUCCUACUGGUGUCGGUAAAUCGGAGCUUGCUAAAAGUCUCGCUUCCUACUACUUUGGUUCUGAAGAAGCCAUGGUUAGACUUGAUAUGUCUGAAUUUAUGGAGAGACACACUGUCUCCAAACUCAUUGGAUCUCCACCAGGUUAUGUGGGUUACAGUGAAGGAGGACAGCUAACAGAGGCUGUGCGCAGAAGACCAUACACUGUGGUUCUUUUUGAUGAGAUUGAGAAGGCACAUCCUGAUGUUUUCAAUAUGAUGCUUCAGAUUUUGGAAGACGGAAGAUUAACCGACAGCAAAGGGCGGACUGUAGAUUUCAAGAAUACUCUUCUAAUUAUGACUUCAAACGUAGGAAGCAGUGUAAUUGAGAAAGGUGGGGGUGGUAUUGGUUUCCAAUUGGACUACGGCGAAAAGGAUUCUAGCUACAAUCGCAUCAAGAGCCUCGUUAAUGAGGAGCUGAAGCAGUACUUUAGGCCCGAGUUUUUGAACCGAUUGGAUGAAAUCAUUGUUUUCAGACAACUGACUAAAUUGGAAGUUAAGGAGAUCGCUGAUAUUAUGUUGAAGGAGGUCUUCGAGCGGUUGAAGAAGAAGGAAAUUGAUUUACAGGUAACUGAGAGAUUCAGGGAUCGUGUUGUUGACGAAGGCUAUAGUCCUAGCUAUGGAGCUCGGCCAUUGCGACGAGCAAUCAUGAGGCUAUUGGAAGACAGUAUGGCAGAACGCAUGCUCUCUGGAGAAAUUAAGGAGGGAGACUCAGCUAUCAUCGAUGUAGAUGGUGAUGGCAAUGUCACAGUGUUAAAUGGCACUACGGGAACUGCUUCCAAAACAGAUACAGAUAUGGCCCCUGCUGGUAUUGCUUGAAUUCCUCGAUUAGGUAAAGAAUUUUUGCAAUUUAGUAGGGCGUUGAUCUGCUAGGUCUGAUAGAUUCAGAAACUUAGUUCAGGUCCUUUGUAUUCAUAGCAAGGGGUGAUUCUGAAUGCACCAACGAAAAAGGUCAAAUUCGAAACCAUUUAUUCUCGGCUGCAGAGCAGGAGGUGUUUGCAUUUGCUAGCUUUAAAGCUCAUCUCUUGCAAAUUCUGGCCAAUUGCUUUGUGGGGUCAGUUCCUGUUGUCAAAAGGUUUGACAAAUACGAAGGUUUGAAUCCUGUGCUAUUCAGGGUUUUUUAUACUUCGUACAUUAUGCUUAUAAUGGACAGUCUCUUAUCCUCUGUGGACUGUUUCAAAUGUAAAUUUUGAUGUCACGCAGAGUGCUUGUAAGUGAUAAAAUAAUUCUUAUUGCACUGUAA